AUGAAUCCUCAUCGAUUUUCGUGUAGUGUUUGCAAUAUAUGGUGUGACACUGAGAAUGUCCUACGAGCUCACGAAACGGGGAGAAAACAUCGCUCUAAAUGUCUUGCUUUAGAUAGUUUAAACAUAGUGGAUCAUAUUAAUUAUCCCCUAAAAGUUUCCUUACCAACACUAGUUACUCCUGACUCGGGCUCACCAAAAGAUUCAUUCUUAGAUACCACCUCUUAUUCUACAGGGCCAAUGAGAAAUCCAAUCUGUGAUCAAGAAUCCUCUUCAUAUGUAGGUUUCAUUGAUUCUAGUUCAAAUUGGACAAAGUCAAACCAGUUAUCUUCAGCUUCCGAAAUUUCCUUUACCUGCAACUUAUGUGGUAUACAUAUGAAUUCUUCAGAUCAAUAUACUUCUCACCUUCGUGGUCGCAAACAUCAAAGUAAAAUAAACCUUAAUUCAGUUUCUAGUCUGUCUUCAAGCGAUACAGCAAUGUCACCAUCAAGUGACGAAAGCUCAACUUCUGUUUUUUAUCAGUGCAAUAUUUGUCAAUUUGUAAUAUUCAGUUCAAUGAAACUGAAACAUUUGGAGUCAGAAGAGCAUCAACUGAAUGUUCGCAAGUUAAGAGAAAAAUCGGUAUCAUCAAGUCCACGUGUAGACAACUCUCACCUACGUAAAUUUAAACGAUCUUGUCGAGAGGUCUUAGUACCCGUAUAUGGAUCAAUUAAGUUCACAUCUGCUGAGGCUAAGCUUUUGGAGAAUUCAGCGAAAGGAGAUCAAGAUUGUGUUUUGUUGUUGGAUUCAUUUGACGGUCGAGAUCGUAUUGCGAUACAUCUGGCAAAUGCAUUACUGAUAGCUAAUAAAAAUCUGUCAACUAUCGACUCGUCAAGUCCUUCUGCUCCUACCUGGGUAGUAUGGGUUCUACCUAAAACAGAAAGUUCCUCAGCUAACUCGAUUUCUGUAUUCAGAUCUCAAUCAGAUAAUGAUAAUAAUACAUCUCAACGUCCUUUAAAAAUUGCUUACUUACCUUGUGAUGUAAAGAAAUUAACACAAGUUGAUUUGAUACUUACAACCUCUGAUUUGUUUGUUGAGCACUUAUCAAUUCUACUAAUGAAACAAGCAUUUAUUUGUGGCAUAAUUAUUCAUGAUGUCGAUGUAGCGUUAAAAAAUGAAGAGUUUUGCAAGCUUCUUUAUCGUUAUCGUCAAGAUUACACAAACCAACAUAAUCGAGGCCGAAUCAUAUGUUUUGGUCGAAUGAAAGUAGAGGAAGACAGCAUUUUUUCGUCGUUCACACAGUACGGUUAA